AUUUGACUCGGUCAUUCGCAAGCCGACGCCGACUCGUUUCCAAAAGAUCUAUAUCCUCUGGCAAUGCGACUCUGGUUCUCGGCGAUAUCCCUCCCGAGAGAGGACUCCUUUUCUUUUUUGGCUAAAACCUUCGCUUGUUUACAGAUUCAUAUAAAAAGUUCUACAAAUGACCAAUGAUUCACAUGCCCCGAAUCGUAGGGAUCUCCUUUGCAAUGCCGCCGCUGGUGCCGCCGCCGGUGCUAUUGCUGCGACAUUCGUGUGUCCUUUAGAUAUUAUAAAGACUAGAUUCCAGGUUCAUGGGCUUCCAAAUCUCGGCAACUCAACCGUUAAACGUAGUCUUAUAGUUGAUAGCUUGGAACAAAUAGUUCAGAAGGAAGGUCUUCGUGGUAUGUACCGUGGGCUUGCUCCUACUGUACUCGCUUUAAUUCCUAAUUGGGCAGUAUAUUUUCCAAUGUAUGAGCAACUCAAAUACUUUCUUUGUUCUGAUGAUGAGAAUCACCAUCUUACAGUAGGUGCUAACAUGCUAGCUGCAGCUGGUGCUGGAGCUGCUACAACCAUUUCCACAAAUCCACUUUGGGUAGUGAAGAUAAGACUUCAAACUCAAGGAAUGAGAACGGAAGUGGUUCCAUAUAAGAGUACGCUUUCUGCUUUGAGAAGAAUAGCUCAUGAAGAGGGUGUUCGGGGUCUAUACAGUGGUCUUAUCCCUGCAUUAGCUGGUAUCAGUAACGUUGCCAUUUUUUUCCCGUUAUUUGAGAAAAUAAAAUUCUAUUUGGCUGAUCAAGAGAAAACCACAACGGAUAAACUCAGUGCACGCGAUGUUGCUGUUGCAACGUCAGUUUCCAAAAUAUUUGCAUCCACAUUGACUUACCCACAUGAGGUGGUACGCUCAAGGCUUCAGGAAGAGGGAAAUCACUCCGUGAAACGUUAUUCCGGUGUCGUUGAUUGCAUUAAGAAAAUAUUUCAGCAAGAAGGUGUUCCCGGAUUCUACCGCGGGUGCGCGAUAAAUCUUAUCCGGACCACACCUGCAGCUGUUAUCACAUUCACCAGUUUCGAGAUGAUUCAUCGAUUUCUUGUCGAUCUUUUCCCCCAUGAUCCACAGCCUCAUGCAUUGUGAGGGUGCAUUGUUCUCAAACUAGGAUAUACCCACCAUCUCUCUUGGCAUUUAACCGGGCAGAGUGAAUACAUUUUCACUGGUUGUAUUCUUGUGGAAACAUUUUUACCAAUAUUCAUUCAAACAUCAUCUCCUCGUCCAACUACUGCAAGAUCAAAGCUUCCUGAGGAAGGUAAGGUGUGGUUUACUGACUACGAUAAUGACGAAAUUGAUACAUGGAGAGUUAAUUAAAUGCAUUCGUAAAGGGUUGGUAGAUGAUUAUAUUAUGCUUUUUCCCCCCUAACAAAGUUAUUGCAUUUCUGUUUGUAUCUUGAAUCAUUAUUUUGUCGUUCUUUUGACCACUCCCAAACUUCUUCCAGAGUACAUAAACCAUGUAAUAUUGAUUGUAGAUAGUUGCUAGAAAGGCAAGUUGGGGCUAGUUGAAGAACUUGAAAUUUGCUUGUUCCUCGGGGAAUUGGCCCCGGACCCUAAUCCAUUAAUGGUAGUGUCUAGGAAUCAAU